AUGGAUACUACACUUUGGAAGGCUCUGGUCCUGGGGCCUCUUCUGCCAACACUUCUGCUGGUAUUUGCAGCUGGGAAGCCUUUCAUCUCUCUGAAGGGCCCAGAUCAGAGGACAACCACUUCAAAUUUAGUGUCUUUUAACUGCACCGCUGGCCCUUUCAGCUCCCAGAACCUCAGACUUGACUGGUUGAAGGACAAUAAUAAACACCUAGCCUCAGCCCCACAAAUGUAUAUCAACGAAGAUGUUUACUAUGUCACAAGCAAGGCAUAGGUGGCAUUGGCCAAACAAGAUAUCUUUUCUCAGAUCACCUGUGAAGUCACCCACGCGGACCUCAAUGAGCCCCUAAAAGUAGCCAUGAAUCUUUCCCAAGUGCUCCUAGUUAUCCCCACACUGAAGAUUACCACGGAACCUCUGGAGAUCCAUGAUCAUGGGCAUCAAAGAGUGAACCUGACUUGCCACAUAAACAACUUCUACCCCCAAAAUGUGGAACUCCUCUGGAUUAAGAAUAUGGGCAAGAUCCUGACUCUGGAGGUCCCUCAGGCCACCAGAAACUCUGUUGGGACAUACUCUCUAAAACACACCUUGCAGGAAAAAGUCACAUUGAAUGAGAGCACCCAAUUUAGCUGCUGCGUGUUCCCAUAUGACCAGAAUCCACUGGUGGUCAACAUCACCCUGGGAGCUCAGGUCCCCCGUAAGGGUAGAAGUGUGUGCCUUGUCCCCUUUGUAUCCUCAGGGUAUUAUCCUUCCACCAUGAAAGGACUCUCCUUUGCUGCACUUACACUAUUGCAGGUUUUUCUUCUUAACCCUUGGUUGCAAGACAUUGCCAAGAUUAAAGAAACAGAGCAAAAACAGCAUACGCAAAGUGUGGUUGGCUUUGAUGUUGGCAUAGAGUCCAGAAUCUGGACCACCCAGCCUUCAGUCCAGUGUGCUGUUUCUACCAUGCUGCUACCUCAUGUGAAGACACUAUCCUUAUUUGUAGCAGGCACUGGCUUGGCCCCUAGCAAAUGGCCCCAUUCUCAAAGGACUUCCAGUAGAUUUCCUACAGUAAUUAUUUGCUUUAAAUGGAUUUUUGUCUCAGUUCCUCCUUCAGUGAGAGUGUUCCAGUCUUCAACUGCCCCAGAUUUGGUGGCUGUCACUUGCCAAGUACAGAGAUUCUAUCCACAGGAAGUGUAUCUCACCUGGCUGGUGGAUUGCCAUGUGCUCAAGAGAAUAGAGCAAACUACACCUAAGAGGAAUGAGGAUGGGUCCUACACUCUGGAAAUCUCACAGUCGGUAAACACGUCACUGCAGAGGCCUGAUCAAGUACUCACGUGCAAGGUAGAACAUGAGGCUCAGCCUCCCAUCCAGGCCAGCAUUAUAUUGUCUAUGACACCCUGUAUCAUGUCCAAAGCCAUUGGGAGCCUAAGUUCAGAGAAAUCUGUCCAUAUUUUUGUGGCCUUCCUCCUAUGCUUCAAGGGACUUCUGGUGCUGACUGUACUCACUAUCUACAUAUAUAGGCGGUGGAACCUGUAA